GCUACUGGCGCCCUCGUCUUGUGUUGAUGGUUUCGUUAAGUCACCAGUCGGCUCAGUGCCUAGCGAGACUUCGGUGAGGAAGUAUAGAUGUUGUGUGUGUUGUCUUAUCACUGAACCAUACGGAUUACUUGCAACGUAAAACCAGUGUUUGGACGUGCAGGAUGUUAACAUCUAACAAUCAAUAUUUGAGGCCAGAUUAUCUAUCACCCUUACCAACUACUCUGGAUGCUAAAAAGAGUCCACUGGCCCUUCUAGCCCAAACAUGCAGCAAUAUAGGAGCGGAUAAUCCGAAUCAUAAACCGUUAAUACCGACUUUAGAAAAAUCUAAAGACGCAGAGAAAUCGAAAGAGAAAUCAAUGGAAGAGAAAUCCUUCAAACCUUACGAAUCUUCCAAAAAGGAAGAAAAAAAUAGUGACAACGAAAGCAAAACACCAACAUCCAAGUCAGGAACACCUGCUACAGGUAAUACGACUCCUUCUGGUAAUGGAAGUGUAGGUCCUUGUGGGAAGUCUACGCCUUCUUCAGACACACCGAAAUCCGAAUCGUCAUCUUUACCAAAUUCGUGUGGUUCCGGUUCUGCGAGUCAGAAUACCCUAAGUGGAUUAGGGUACGGUUCUUCUUUGGGACUCGAUCUCGCCAGAGGAGAUAGUUCUUCAACUAAAGACAGUCUUUCAUUGACACAUCUAGGACUCGGUGCAUAUAAAGGUCUAAACAAUGCCAUUAAUCCUCUGGUCAAUUGUGCUGGGUGUACACCGGUUGGAGGGCCCAUCCCAGUCGAUGCGGCGGCAACAGGACACACCUUCCCACCCAGCAUCGCCACGCAAAGUGGAAUGAGUCCUCUGAAGCCAAGCAGUUAUUCUACACUUUCUCCAUAUGUUGGAUAUGCUCGAGUUAAAACAGCUGCCGGAGGAACCACCUUGGUUCCCGUCUGUCGAGAUCCGUACUGUACCAAUUGCCAAUUCAGUCUGCAAAGUGCUCAAUUGUCAUCAUGUCCUGGUGGAUGCACUCAGUGUACCCACGACAGACUGGUAGCAGCACAACCAGGUCUACCUAGUCUCAUGCCCAGUCUAGCUGGUUCGACUUCACCUGCUGGAGGUGGACCUGGUAUGCCAGGUUUUAACUCUCAAUUAUAUUCUCCAUCUGUUCUGGCCAGGCCGAACGUCUGUAGCUGGAUGGUGGGAGAUACUUACUGCGGGAAGAGGUUUGCUACUUCUGAAGAGUUACUUCAACAUUUGAGGACUCACACAAAUCUAUCAGCAGGAGACAGCGCCACAACUCUACCAGUCUUCUCACCAGCUCUCAGCGUAUCUCCAGGCGGCCUGGCUGCUUGCCACCUUCAUUAUACUUCUGCACCAUCUCUCACUACACCAGCAGGACUUCGUCGAACUUAUCCUACGAGUUUAAGUCCGGUGACGGGCUUGUCGGCCAAUAGGUACCACCCUUAUAAACCAUCUAUACCAGCAUUUCCUACAGCCCCUUUGCCAUCUCUGCCACACCCCUCACUCGGAAUGUAUUAUUCUCCUUAUAGUCUUUACGGUCAGAGGUUAGGACCUCCUGUUCAUCCUUAGCUCUUAUCUUUAGAGCUGUAAAUAUAGUACAUAGAAGACUACUUGUAACUGGAUAAUAGAAACAAAAACAUCUAUGUUUUUCAGCUGGAGCUAGAGAGAGAGAGAGGGAGAGAAUUUUCGAUGAUUGUCGACGACGGUUCCCCUAGACCCGAUGUAUAUAACUGUGGUAUGUGAAUAGUAAGUGUACAGUGACAUGGCUCAAUACAUAGA